GUUAAGUCUGAACGCUGACUUGAUCAUGUUGAUGCAUAACAUUUUUAAUUGAGCACGCAUAACCACUGCAUUCUUAAAUGAAUUGAGCUUGGGAGCGUGAGAACUUCGAAGUAUUUAAGCUUUAUUUACAUGUCACCUUUUCGAAUUUUAGUGAUGGCAAUACUCUGCACUGUCAAUUAGAGUCUCGAAUAAUGUUUUUGUUUUGAUUGUGAACACCACGUUUUGCUAGUAAAUCUUCAACAAAUGAAUUGAUAAUUGAAAGCAAUUAUUAAAAGCAUUAAAUAAAUGGAUUUUGCUAAAAAAAUUUUGAAUAAAUAUGGCUGGAAGGAAGGAGAGGGUUUAGGUAAAAACAAUGAUGGCAUAGCUAAGCCAUUAAAGGCAAGUUUAAAAUUCGACAAUACCGGCCUUGGAUCAGAUCAGGCAGCGAGUGACUUUAAUAACCACUGGUGGAAUAGAAUCUACAAUGAGGCUACACAAAAUAUAGAAAUAAAGAAUGGUGGAAAUGGCAAAGUUAGUAUGGAAUUAAAAGAAGCCGAUGCUGUCGAAAUAUCAACAAAAGGAUAUUCGACGAAAAAAUUGAAAAAAGCAAAACAGAAUUCUGGAAAUGAUAGUGGUGGUGCACAAUACAAUAAUUUUCUGCAAUCUGCAACAUUAUCCAGUGGUGGAUGUGAAAUUGAAAAUCCAAAUAAAAUUAAUUCAGAUGAUAUAUCAGUUACACAGUACAAAAUACUUACCGAUGAGGAACUUUUUAAGGCAUGUGGAGGACGUACAGCACAUAAAGGAGCACGACAUGGUUUAAAACUUAGUGGGAAACUUGCUAGGCUAGAACAACAGGAACAAAUGCUAUUGGAAAAAAUGAAAACGAGUGAAUCGCAUAAAAUGGAAAAUAAUGUUUUAAAUGAUGAUAUAGUCAAUUCUGCUGCAAAGAAAUCUAAAAAGAAGAAGCGAAAAUCUGAGAUCAUCGAUGAAGAUAUCACCAAAUCAGUUACGAAUGAAUCCAGUGAGAAUUACGAAGAAACAAGUGAAUAUGUGAAACGUAAACGAAGGAAGCAACGAGCUGAAAUUUUUGAUGAUUUUGAGGAUAGCAAUUUAAACGUUGAGCAUAAUCAAUUUAUAGAAAUAAAUUCAAACAGCUUUGAGGAUAUUACUGGAAAUUCCAUUGGCAAAAAAAUGAAAAAGAAAAAGCGAAAAGAAAAUUCUCAAAGUACAGAAUCCAACAAAAAUGAAGAUAUUUCAUUAGAAAGGAAGGAAGGUGAUUUCAGAGAGAAAACACAGAAAAGUGAAGGUGGAGACCUUUCUGAUAAAAUAGUGGCAGAUACCAAGCCAGAAACGAUAAAUGGAACCUUGCAGUCACAUAAGACGAAGAAAAAUAAAAAUAAAGAAUUGCAAGAAGAUAGCGCAGACGGCAUACAAAAGAAGUCUAAGACGAAGAAAAAGAAUAAAGAAUAUAACAAUGAGUUUCAAACUGAAACAUAAAAUAA